AUGUAUCAUACUUAUUUUUAUUGAUAAUAAUGAAAUGAUUUCAUCUGUUUUUUGAUUCACCCUCUUCUCCAACAUAUCCAUGGCUACACCAAUUACAGAUUUACCAAGGGAGAAAUGCGACGGGUAUUUUGGGGAAAGUCAUUCAGACGUUAAAUCGACUCAUUUAUAUGGACCAUGUUUCUAUAGGCAUCUUCAUAUCAAACUGUUGGUUCGCUGCAUUAUUCUGCUUUUGUUGUUGAGCCACUGUCAUUCUGAAAUCAAGCGUGAUGUUGAAGUUGAAGCUUUGAUUGAGAUUCUAAAGGAUCUAAAUGAUACCAAUGGGAGAAUCACGGAUUGGAAUUACUAUUUAGUUAACCCGUGCUAUAGUUGGUCGCAUGUCAUUUGUGAUCAUAAAGAUGGAAACGUCGUAUCUUUGAGCUUGGGUUCAAUUGGUUUUUCGGGGAGACUUACAAGUUCUAUAACCAAACUGAAGUUUUUGACCAACUUGGAUUUACAUGAUAAUAACUUAUCAGGUGAGUUGCCUGAUCUUAGUAGCUUGGUAAACUUGCAAAGGCUGAAUCUUACACGAAAUAAGUUCAGUGGCUCUAUUCCAACUUCUUGGGGUCAACUCUCCAACCUCAAAUAUUUGGAUCUUUCUUCCAACAAUCUAAGUGGAAAAAUUCCUGAAAAGCUGUUUUCGGCUAGUGUAUUCAAUUUUUCAGGGACAUCUCUUGAAUGUGGCACCACACUGCACCGGCCUUGCAUUUCAAGUUCCUCAGCUUCAGGUUCUCCUAAAAAGUCAAAACUUAAGUUUGUUACGAUUGGUGCAAGCUGUGGUGCCCUUGUGCUUUUGCUGUUUGGGGCAAUCUUUUUAUACCGCUUCAACCUUAAGCGUAAACUCAACCGUGAUUUCUAUGUUGACGUGGAAGGUGAAGACGACAGUCUAGUUUCCUUUGGACAACUUCGAAGAUUUUCAUGGCGUGAAGUUCAGCUUGCAACCGAUAACUUUAAUGAAAGCAAUAUUAUAGGACGAGGAGGGUUCGGAAAAGUUUAUAAAGGAGUCCUUGCAGACAACACAAAAGUUGCCAUAAAAAGACUAGCAGAUUAUCAGAGUCCGGGAGGAGAGGCUGCAUUCUUGAGGGAAGUUCAACUGAUUAGUGUGGCAGUUCAUCGUAACCUUCUUAGGUUGAUCGGGUUUUCUACCACAUCAUAUGAAAGAGUACUCGUAUAUCCGUUCAUGCAAAAUCUUAGUGUUGCAUAUCAUCUACGAGAUUUGAAACCAGGAGAGAAAGGAUUAGAUUGGGCAACACGAAAACGUAUAGCUUUUGGUGCAGCUCGUGGUUUAGAAUACUUGCAUGAGCACUGUAAUCCUAAGAUCAUUCAUCGUGAUCUCAAAGCAGCAAAUAUCCUUUUAGAUGAUAAUUUUGAACCAGUUCUUGGUGAUUUUGGGCUGGCAAAACUAGUUGACACCAAUCUGACUCAUGUUACGACUCAAGUACGUGGGACUAUGGGACACAUUGCUCCCGAGUACUUAUCUACUGGAAAAUCAUCUGAAAAGACCGACGUUUUUGGAUAUGGUAUAACAUUGUUAGAACUUGUAACUGGACAACGUGCAGUAGAUCUUUCCCGGCUUGAAGAAGAAGAAGACGUUCUCCUUCUUGAUCAUAUAAAGAAACUGCUUAGAGAAACGAGGAUCACUGACAUCGUGGACCCAAACCUUACGGUUUAUAAUGCAAAAGAAGUUGAAACAAUGCUUCAAGUUGCAUUGUUAUGCACCCAAGGUUCACCCGAAGAGCGUCCAAAAAUGGGACAAGUCAUUCAUAUGCUUAGAGGACAAGACUUAGCCGAACGAUGGGCAGAAUGGGAACAAGUCGAAGAAGUCAGAAAUCAAGAAUUCUCGCGAAUGUCACACCAGUUUGCUUGGGGAGAAGACUCGACACAGGAUCAAGAAGCUAUACAGUUAUCACAAGCCCGAUAAAACGACUCAACUUGGAACUCGGAGAUAAAACUACAUAUAUACUUAAAAAAGAUAUAGUUAAAAACAUGAAAUAAGAUUUUCAGGUGUGUGGACAUGUUGAAACUUACACGUGAUUCAUAUACUACUUAUGCUACUGAGACAUGUUGUGUAUGUGUUUUUUGCUGCUGUUGUAUAUCUUUAGCAUAAACAAUCUUGUAAUCUCAGCUUGACAAUCAUUAUAAACAGGUGUGGUAUACAUUGAUGAAAGUUGUAAAUUUUAUUUUCUAA